CCCCGUUGUGCCCAAGAUGGGCAGCACCCAGGUGCGUGUAUUUAGCGGCAUGGUCGGUUGCGAUUAUCGGGUGAGCAGCAACUUGCCACCGCUGGGCAGGAAUUUCACGCUGCGUGGCAUCGACUCCUACUCGAGUGGCAAUGUGGCCACCAAAGACGGCAGCUUCACGCUCGAGUACAGCAUCCACAGCCUCACAGCGGGAUGUCAACAGUUUAAUGGGGUCACCAAGCACAACCUAAGCGAGGCGAACGCGCAUAGCCUGUUCCUGCGCUCGAGUGCCCGAGACAUCUGGUACAUCGAUGAGCUGGAGAAGUCAAACAAAUCGCUGGCCUUGGUCCGCAAUCUGGCCAAUCUGCCAGCAAGCAGUCGCAUCGUGUGGCGCGAACUUCGAAAGGGCCAUACAGUGCUGGAGGUGCCCGCUCGCAGUCAGGAUCUGCACGAGCUGAGCACCGUCGAAUACGAGGUAUUCACCGGCGGCCAGCUCAUCCAUCAGCAGCGGCUGCGACCAGGUGGCGUCUAUGCCCUAGUCAUUGCCCAGAACAGCACACAGGGAUUCGUUUCGCGGAUCUUCGAGGUGACCGAGCCCAACUCGAUGAGCAUGUUGUGGCUGAUGCCACAGUAUGUGGUGAUGACACUCGGCGAGGUGAUGUUCUCGGUGACGGGUCUGGAGUUCUCCUACGCUCAGGCACCGCCAAGCAUGAAAUCCCUGCUGCAGGCUGGCUGGCUUUUAACCGUCGCCUUUGGCAAUGUGAUUGUGGUCAUCAUUGCGGAACUGAAGUUCUUCGAGUCGCAGGCCAGCGAGUUCUUCCUCUUUGCUAGCAUAAUGUUCGUCGACAUGCUAGUCUUUAUGUGGUUCGCCCACUUCUAUACGAACUACGACGGGAACGUGAUUCUCACCCAGAAAGCCCAGCAGCGAAAGAUGCUUAAAUAUCAAUAGAUAUCUGUAUCCAUAUCUAUAGCUAUAUCCACACAUAUAUAUCUGUGUCUAUGUCUUUAUCUAUAUCUGUAUUGUUCUCAUUUAAUUAC